UACACAGCGAUCCUUCCCUAUGGAUUCAGCCUGGAGCCACCUGCGUCCCCGAAGCGGGUGAGGAACUACAACUCCCAGCAUGCCGCACGGUCGACCUCAGCCGUCCCCGCAUUGCGAUUGGCUGGUUGGGGGGGCCCCGCCCCCACGUGACUCAGGCCGACAGCCGCGGAGGCUGUCCGGGGCAGAAGCGGCGUGAGCUGCCCCGUAGCUGUCGGCUCCGUCAGGGCCUAUGGCAGCGGCGCAGGGGGUUCGCGGGUGUCUCCUGCGGGGGCCCCUCCGCGCCCGGCCGGGCAGGGGCUGCAGCUCCGGGGCUUCUGUGCGGCGGCAGCAGCAGCAAGCGCUUGUGGCUGCUCCCGCCCCGGCUCAGGAAUUGCCAAGCACACGAAGAAAAGGUUUCCUAACUGAACAUGCUGCCCCUUUCUCUGCUUUCCUGACUGACAGAUUUGGCCGUCAGCACAACUACUUGCGGAUCUCCCUGACUGAGAAAUGCAACCUCAGAUGUCAGUACUGUAUGCCAGAAGAGGGAGUUCAACUGACCCCUAAAUCAGAGCUGCUCACUACCCAGGAGAUAAUCACCCUUGCCAGGCUCUUUGUGAAGGAAGGUGUGGACAAGAUCCGAUUGACUGGUGGAGAACCACUCAUCCGGCCUGACGUGGUUGAUAUUGUGGCUCAGCUGUACAAGCUAGAAGGGCUACAAACCAUUGCUGUCACAACCAACGGGAUCAAUUUAGCUAGGCUGCUGCCACGGCUGAAGGAGGCGGGGCUGGAUGCCAUUAACAUCAGCUUGGAUACUCUGGUUCCAGCCAAAUUUGAGUUCAUCGUCCGGAGGAAAGGUUUUCAUAAAGUAAUGGAAGGAAUCAACAAAGCCACUGAACUGGGGUACAAUCCUGUUAAGGUGAACUGUGUAGUGAUGAGAGGCCUCAAUGAGGAUGAGCUGUUGGACUUCGUGGCGCUCACAAAGAACCAGCCGCUCAACGUGCGGUUCAUUGAAUACAUGCCCUUCGACGGCAACAAGUGGAACUUCAAGAAGAUGGUGAGCUAUAAGGAGAUGCUGGAUACAGUCAGGCAGAGAUGGCCUGACUUGGAGAAGCUGCCUUGUGAGGCCUCCAGCACAGCCAAGGCUUACCAGGUACCAGAUUUCCAGGGGCAGAUCAGCUUUAUUACCUCCAUGUCAGAGCACUUCUGUGGAUCCUGCAAUCGGCUGAGGAUAACUGCAGAUGGGAACCUGAAGGUGUGCCUUUUUGGGAACUCAGAAGUGUCCUUGAGGGAUCACCUACGGGCUGGUGCUUCGGAGGACGAAUUGGUUCAAAUUAUAGGAGCAGCAGUGGGCAGAAAAAAGAAACAGCAUGCCGGCAUGUUUAACAUUUCCCAGAUGAAGAACCGGCCAAUGAUCCUGAUCGAGGCAGCAUUGAAGUCGACCCCACUACUGCAAGAUGCUGUGCAGAAUUCUCCAAGUUCAAAGCAAUGGGGCCAUAGACCUGGCCACUGGCUAAUGCUAAGAGCAAGUUUAUCCAAGCAGAUGGGAAAAGCAUUUAAGAAAAAUACGUUUACAGGACAGCACGCCUUGCCAGGAUCUCGCUCAGAGCAACAGCAGCUUACAGCAGAAAUUCUGCAAGCUCAGGCACGCGGCAUUUGCAUCUUCCAAAAGAUUUUGAGCUCUAGCUCGGACACAAAGUGCCUUAGGACAGGAAGUCCUUCCAUUCAGCACACCAGCCAAAUUGCUGUGGACACUCACUCUGGGGCUGCUGCUGGAAACCAGUCAGAAGAAAAGGGUCCAGGAUCCUACCCCAAAGCCAUAGGUUCUGGCUUGUGCGCUAGUGAACGGAGUCCCUCCGGCAGCCUGACUCACGUUGACCAAGAGGGGCGGGCAGCCAUGAUAGAUGUUGGAAAGAAGCCCGAUUCUGAAAGGACCGCUGUUGCCAGUGCUGUGGUUCGUCUGGGUGAGGAGGCAUUUGGGAUGGUGCGGCAGAACCAGCUGAAGAAAGGAGAUGUGCUCGCAGUAGCUCAGAUUGCAGGGAUUCAGGGAGCCAAGCUGACCAGCCAGCUGAUUCCCCUGUGCCACAACAUCCCUCUGAGCCAGGUGGACAUCUCUCUCAGCCUGGACGAGAGCAGAUGGGCUGUGGUGAUCCAGGCGCUCUGCCACAGCCAGGGUAAGACAGGCGUGGAGAUGGAAGCGCUGACUGCUGCCAGCCUUGCUGCCCUGACUGUGUAUGACAUGUGCAAAGCAGUCACUCACAACAUAGUCAUCGAAGAAGUGAAGUUGCUGAGCAAGACGGGAGGGCAGAGGGGAGACUUCCAGCGUGGAUAGCACUUAUCCUGUAACAGGAGCAACCCCACGCGGGCACUGAGGGCGCGGGCUGCUUUGGUGCUAUAUCUGCAGUCAGGCUGGGGAAACGGCAGCAUCAGGUAUCCUAUAAAAGAAUGUGACUUAGUCUGAACGGUCAGGCCAUCUCACUGUUUGGUGCUCCUCUGUUCAACUCCUACUGGACAGGUCUCCCCAGGCAUCCACCACCACACUUAGCACCUUUGCCAGUACCCUCGGGUUCUGUUAGGCCAUGGAAACUUUCAUCUCACUGCCAUGGGUCAAAACUGAGGCCCUUCAGCCCGGUGGUGUCAGGGAAGCUGGCCUGACUGCUGUAACCCGUCCAGUGCUUAGUCAGGCGCUCUUCAUCAGUAUCGAAUUCACUUGGCAAAUAAAGAACACACAAUUAGGAGUAGUUUAUUGUAUCUUUGAUCAAUGACUGUGACUUAAGAAUUGCUCCUUUCUUCCCACCAAACUUGAACUAGGAAGAAACUUCAGAAGGAGACAAUGGGGAGUCAUUCUAGAGUCCUGGCCAUUGAGCAAAGAUUUUAAUAAUGUACAGAGCCCCAUCAGCUGGAAUUAUUCAGCUCAAAGUCACCUAGCCACACUCCUCACAACUGCUUGGGUCCAAAGUGGGUCGAUCACUACCAGAGCAAGAAGAUGGGAUCUUAUGUCCAUGAAUGGAAAAUUAGAUGUUGGUUGACUGAUGCCAAAUAGCCCAUGCAUAGGCCUGAUUUUAUUCAGCAUCAUGCCCCUCAGUGCAGAUAGCUACUGGGAUAGGAGGAACUGUAAUUUGCACACCCUGCACUGUUUUGCUUUAGUUCACUUGUGCCUGCCGUCAUAACCAACUCAUUAGAUAUCCCUGCAUGCUUACGGGCCAGUUCUGAAAUCAGUCUCUGUCCAUCAAAGCUACUUCCCAGAAGGUAAUAGACCUCCUUCCUUGCAGCAUCCUGAAGGGUUGCCCUGCAGCAGUACAUCAAAGCUUACUGUGCCACCCCCCUCCAGAGCAACCAGCAGGAAACGUGACCAAAACUGGGUAGCCAUGAAGAGGCUUCCCAAAAGAGCCAAUAUGGGCUGCCAAAUGACUGACUCAGUUUAAACUACUUCAUAAGUUUUUUGUACUCUAGCAAGUUUAUGGGCUGUGCCUAAGGGCCACCUCCUGCUCCUUAGGGAAGUCAGGGACAGAACUCCCCAAAACAUGAGCAGAAUUGGGCCCGUUUUCUAUUUCUGGGACUUGAAAUCCAGCUGAGUUUCCACCAAACUCUAGCAGAUUGAUUUUUUUUUUUUUUAAUCCACAUGCCUGCCAUGGCAGUUUGUGGCCCCUGCUAUCGUGGGAUAACCUAGUCUCAUGCUUGCUGCUUCUAUAGACUUUGCAUCCAGCCUGCAGAGGAAGCUCAAGCUAGGUCUUGAGCAUCAUUAAUGCUGUUGUUGCUGAACUCGCUGAUUCUUUUGGCAAACGGGUCAUAAACAUCCCUUUGCUGUGUUGACUCUGCCUCAGGGAAGGGGAGGAAAUCCUUCAAGAUUUGUCAAAGGAACCCAGGAGCUGGGAAAUUGGAAUAGGCACUUAAAAGCCUGAAAAAUCAGUCUUUGCAACAUCAAGGACUUCACUUUUACAAGUCUUAUGCUAUUUUUGUUAUUAAAGCCUGAACCUCUCAAGGCAUGUGGCUAGAUAAGGAUCUCUGUUUUUUCUUUUUUU